GCCGACAUUUUUUUCAAGAUGGAAGAAAGCUGAGCUAAUACGCAGCCCUCAAAGAACCCUCAGUCUAAUCGGGGGGAGCAGACGAUCGUUCACUGUACGAAAAUGGGGUACGAUUUUCCCCAGGAAGGAAAUCAACUAAAGCUGACCUUGGAAAAGGGGUGCAGAGCAGCCUGAGGGGAAGCGGGGGCGUGUCGCCCGGCGUGACUAGGGCGGCGGGGAAAGCGGACCCAGGGACCCGGGGCUAUCGCGCCGCUGCCGCACAUCCCGAAACUGUCCCUCCGCUCGCCCACCCACGCGGCGGGGACCCCUCCGGCCCCUCCCAGGCCCCACGGCCACUUCUUCCCCCACAAGCCGGCCUGCCGCCCGCCUUACCAGCCCGGGCCGGACCGGGCCGCAGCGCCUGUCAGACCGCACAGCCUUCGAGCCCGGAAUGCCGAGACAAGGCCGGCGCCGAUUGGCGACGUUCCGUCACGUGACCUUAACGCUCCGCCGGCGCCAAUUUCAAACAGCGGAACCAACUGAAAGCUCCGGUGCCAGACCCCACCCCCGGCCCCGGCCCGGGACCCCCUCCCCUCCCGGGAUCCCCCGGGGUUCCCACCCCGCCCGCACCGCCGGGGACCCGGCCGGUCCGGCGCGAGCCCCCGUCCGGGGCCCUGGCUCGGCCCCCAGGUUGGAGGAGCCCGGAGCCCGCCUUCGGAGCCACGGCCCAACGGCGGCGGCGACUGCAGUCUGGAGGGUCGACACUUAUGAUUCUCAAUGGAGAGUGAAAACGCAGAUUCAUAAUGAAAACUAGCCCCCAUCGGCCACUGAUUCUCAAAAGACGGAGGCUGCCCCUUCCUGUUCAAAAUGCCCCAAGUGAAACAUCAGAGGAGGAACCUAAGAGAUCCCUUGCCCAACAGGAGCCUAAUCAAGCAGAGGCCUCCAAGGAAGUGGCAGAGUCCAGCACUUGCAAGUUUCCAGCUGGGAUCAAGAUUAUUAACCACCCCACCAUGCCCAACACCCAAGUAGUGGCUAUCCCCAACAAUGCUGAUAUCCACAGCAUCAUCACGGCACUGACUGCCAAAGGAAAAGAGAGUGGCAGCAGUGGGCCCAACAAAUUCAUCCUCAUCAGUUGUGGGGGAGCCCCAACUCAGCCUCCAGGACUCCAGCCUCAAACCCAAACCAGCUAUGAUGCCAAAAGGACAGAAGUGACCCUGGAGACCUUGGGACCAAAACCUGCAGCUAGGGAUGGGAAUCUUCCUAGACCACCUGGAGCCCUUUGCGAGCAGAAACGCGAGACCUGUGCAGAUGGUGAGGCAGCAGGCUGCACUAUCAACAAGAGCCUAUCCAACAUCCAGUGGCUCCGAAAGAUGAGUUCUGAUGGACUGGGCUCCUGCAGCAUCAAGCAAGAGAUGGAGGAGAAGGAGAAUUGUCACCUGGAGCAGAGACAGGUUAAGGUUGAGGAACCUUCGAGACCAUCAACGUCCUGGCAGAACUCUGUGUCUGAGCGGCCACCCUACUCUUACAUGGCCAUGAUACAAUUCGCCAUCAACAGCACUGAGAGGAAGCGCAUGACCUUGAAAGACAUCUAUACUUGGAUAGAGGACCACUUCCCCUAUUUUAAGCACAUUGCCAAGCCAGGCUGGAAGAACUCCAUCCGCCACAACCUUUCCCUGCAUGACAUGUUUGUCCGGGAGACAUCUGCCAAUGGCAAGGUCUCCUUCUGGACCAUUCACCCCAGUGCCAACCGCUACUUGACGUUGGACCAGGUGUUUAAGCCACUGGACCCAGGGGCUCCACAAUUGCCCGAGCACUUGGACUCACAGCAGCAGAAACGACCGAAUCCAGAGCUCCGCCGGAACAUGGCCAUCAAAACCGAACUCCCGCUGGGCGCACGGCGGAAGAUGAAGCCACUGUUACCCCGGGUCAGCUCAUACCUGGUGCCCAUCCAGUUCCCGGUGAACCAGUCACUGGUGCUGCAGCCCUCGGUGAAGGUGCCCUUACCCCUGGCGGCCUCCCUCAUGAGCUCAGAGCUUGCCCGCCACAGCAAGCGAGUCCGCAUUGCCCCCAAGGUACUGCUAGCUGAGGAGGGGAUAGCUCCUCUUCCUUCUGCAGGACCAGGGAAAGAGGAGAAACUCCUGUUUGGAGAAGGGCUGUCUCCUUUGCUUCCAGUUCAGUCUAUCAAGGAGGAACAAAUCCAGCCUGGGGAGGAAAUGCCACACUUGGCGAGACCCAUCAAAGUGGAGAGCCCUCCCUUGGAAGAGUGGCCCUCCCCGGCCCCAUCUUUCAAAGAGGAAUCAUCUCACUCCUGGGAGGAUUCAUCCCAAUCUCCCACCCCAAGACCCAAGAAGUCCUACAGCGGGCUUAGGUCCCCAACCCGGUGUGUCUCAGAAAUGCUUGUGAUUCAACACAGGGAGAGGAGGGAGAGGAGCCGGUCUCGGAGGAAACAGCAUCUACUGCCUCCCUGUGUGGAUGAGCCCGAGCUGCUCUUCUCAGAGGGGCCCAGUACUUCCCGCUGGGCCGCGGAACUCCCGUUCCCAGCAGACUCUGAGCCUGCCUCCCAGCUCAGCUACUCCCAGGAAGAGGGAGGACCUUUUAAGACACCCGUUAAGGAAACGCUGCCCAUCUCCUCCACCCCGAGCAAAUCUGUCCUCCCCAGAACCCCUGAAUCCUGGAGGCUCACGCCCCCAGCCAAAGUAGGGGGGCUGGAUUUCAGCCCAGUACAAACCCCCCAGGGUGCCUCUGGCCCCUUGCCUGACCCCCUGGGGCCGAUGGAUCUCAGCGCCACUCCGCUGAAAAGCGUUCCCCGCUUUGAAUCACCGCAGAGGCUCCUCAGUUCAGAACCCUUAGACCUCGCCUCCGUCCCCUUUGGCAACUCUCCUCCCUCAGAUAUAGAAGUCCCCAAGCCAGGCUCCCCGGAGCCACAGGUUUCUGGCCUUGCAGCCAAUCGUUCUCUGACAGAAGGCCUGGUUCUGGACACAAUGAAUGACAGCCUCAGCAAGAUCCUGCUGGACAUCAGCUUUCCUGGCCUGGAGGAGGACCCACUGGGCCCUGACAACAUCAACUGGUCCCAGUUUAUUCCUGAGCUACAGUAGAGCCCUGCCCUUGCCUUGUGCCCAAGCUGCCCACCAUCCUGGGCACUCCCGUGGCUGAGCAGUCCGAGGCUCAGUGCCCCCCAAGCCUCUGAGUGAGGACAGCAGGCAGGGACUGUUCUGCUCCUCUUAGCUCCCUGCUGCCUGAUUAUGCAAAGGUAGCAGUCACACCCCAGCCACUGCCGGGACCCUGUGUCCCCAAGAGUAUCUGAUUCCUCUGCUGUCCCUCCCAGGAGCUGAAGGGUGGGAACAACAAAGGCAAUGGUGAAAAGAGAUUAGGAGCCCCCCAGCCUGUCUCCAUUCUGUGCCCAGCAGUCUCUCACCUUCCCUGAUCUUUGCAGGGUGGCCCUUGUAAAUAGUGUCAGUCCUCCAAAUUAUCCUCUAAUUAUAAAUGUAAGCUUAUUUCCUUAGAUCAUUAUCCAGAGACUGCCAGAAGGUGGCUAGGAUGACCGGGGUUUCCGUUGACUUCUGUUCCUUGCUUUCAGUUUCGAGAGAAGGGCAGACCUGCAGUGCACGGUUUCUUCCAGGCCGAGGUACCUGGAUCUUGGUUCUUUACUGCAGGGACCCAGACAAGUGGAUCUGCUUGCCAGAGUCCUUUUUACCCCUCCCUGCCACCUCCCCGUGUUUCCAAGUGAGCUUUCCUGCAAGAAGAAAUCCUGGUUAGAAAGUCUUUUGUAUGGGGUCAGGAGUUGGAUUUGGGGUGGGGGAUGCAGCUGAAGCAGACUGGCUGUCCAGAUGUGCGUCAUCAGAUGUUUCUCUGAUAAUGUCCCCAGUCAUACCAGGGACACUAGCAUUGAUGAGAACUCAGGUGGAGGCUUGAGAAGGCCGACAGAGCCCCUGACCUGCCUGGCUUCCUUAGCUUGCCCCUCAGCUUUGCAAACAGCCACCCUAGGCCCCAGCCUAGGAUGUGAGCCGGCUUGAGAACACUACUGUAACUAUCUACUCAAUAAAAGUGAGGGUGGACACGC